AUGGCUUUAGCCGGGCUCUGCGCCCUGCUCGCCUGCUGCUGGGGGCCGGCGGCUGUGCUGGCCACGGCCGCCGGCGACGAGGAUCCGUCCAAGGAGCUGGAGUGCAAGCUCAAAAGCAUCACGGUGUCGGCGCUGCCCUUCCUGCGCGAGAACGACCUGAGCAUCAUGCACAGCCCCUCGGCCUCCGAGCCCAAGCUCCUGUUCUCGGUGCGCAACGACUUCCCGGGAGAAAUGGUCGUGGUGGAUGACCUAGAGAAUACGGAGCUGCCCUACUUCGUGCUGGAGAUCUCGGGGAACACGGAGGACAUCCCUCUGGUGCGCUGGAGGCAGCAGUGGCUGGAAAAUGGCACUUUGCUUUUUCACAUCCAUCACCAAGAUGGGGCCCCCACUCUCCCCGGACAGGACCCGACCGAAGAGCCGCAGCACGAGUCAGCAGAAGAGGAGUUGAGGAUCCUCCACAUCUCGGUCAUGGGUGGCAUGAUCGCUCUGCUGCUGUCCAUCCUGUGUCUGGUGAUGAUCCUCUACACUCGCCGGCGCUGGUGCAAGCGCCGCCGGGUCCCCCAGCCCCAGAAGAGUGCCAGUGCCGAGGCAGCCAACGAGAUCCACUACAUUCCUUCCGUGCUGAUCGGUGGGCAUGGGCGGGAGAGUCUGCGCAAUGCCCGUGUGCAGGGUCACAACUCCAGUGGCACCCUGAGCAUCCGGGAGACACCCAUCCUGGAUGGCUACGAGUAUGACAUCACCGACCUGCGGCACCACCUGCAGAGGGAGUGCAUGAACGGAGGGGAGGACUUCGCCAGCCAGGUCACCCGCACCCUUGACUCCUUGCAGGGCUGCAACGAGAAGGCGGGGAUGGACCUCACACCAGGAAGUGACAAUGCCAAGCUGUCACUGAUGAACAAGUACAAGGAUAACAUCAUCGCCACCAGCCCCGUGGACUCCAACCACCAGCAGGCCACCCUGCUCUCCCACACCUCAAGUAGCCAGAGAAAGCGGAUCAACAACAAAGCAAGAGCUGGAUCUGCCUUCCUGAACCCUGAAGGGGAUUCUGGCACAGAGGCAGAAAACGACCCCCAGCUGACCUUUUACACCGAUCCUUCCCGGAGCCGGAGGCGCAGUAGAGUGGGCUCUCCCCGAAGUCCCGUGAAUAAGACCACCUUGACGCUGAUCAGCAUCACCAGCUGUGUGAUCGGCCUCGUGUGCGCCUCUCAUGUCAGCUGCCCUCUCAUCGUCAAAAUCACCUUGCACGUCCCCGAGCACUUGAUCGCUGAUGGGAGCCGCUUCAUCUUGCUGGAGGGGAGCCAGCUAGAUGCCAGUGACUGGCUGAACCCUGCCCAAGUGGUGCUCUUCUCUCAGCAGAACUCCAGCGGGCCCUGGGCCAUGGACCUCUGUGCAAGACGGCUCCUGGAUCCAUGUGAACACCAAUGUGACCCCGAAACUGGGGAAUGCCUCUGCUAUGAAGGUUACAUGAAGGAUCCAGUACACAAACAUCUUUGCAUUCGGAAUGAAUGGGGGACAAACCAGGGGCCUUGGCCUUACACAAUAUUUCAGCGAGGCUUUGACCUGGUUUUGGGAGAGCAGCCUUCAGAUAAGAUAUUCAGAUUCACCUACACCCUUGGGGAGGGCAUGUGGCUGCCUCUCAGCAAGAGCUUUGUGAUUCCACCAGCUGAACUGGCCAUCAAUCCAUCUGCAAAGUGUAAGACCGACAUGACAGUGAUGGAGGAUGCAGUGGAGGUCAGAGAGGAGCUGAUGACCUCAUCCUCCUUCGACAGCCUCGAGGUUCUCUUGGACUCCUUUGGGCCAGUGCGUGACUGCAGCAAGGAUAACGGGGGCUGUAGCAAGAAUUUCCGCUGCAUCUCGGAUCGCAAGUUGGACUCCACUGGUUGCGUGUGCCCAUCCGGACUCAGCCCCAUGAAGGACAGCUCCGGCUGCUAUGACCGCCACGUCGGGGUGGACUGCUCAGACGGCUUCAACGGUGGCUGUGAGCAGCUGUGUCUCCAGCAGAUGGCGCCCUUCCCGGACGACCCCACUGUGUACAACAUCCUCAUGUUCUGCGGGUGCAUUGAAGAUUAUAAGCUUGGUGUGGAUGGACGCUCUUGCCAACUCAUCACAGAGACCUGUCCAGAGGGAGGUGACUGUGGGGAAAGCAGGGAGCAUCCCAUGAAUCAGACUCUCUUUGGGGAGAUGUUCUUUGGUUACAACAACCAUUCCAAGGAAGUGGCCACUGGACAAGUCCUUAAAGGAACAUUCAGGCAAAACAACUUUGCUCGAGGUUUAGACCAGCAACUGCCUGAUGGUCUUGUGGUAGCCACUGUCCCUCUGGAGAAUCAGUGCCUUGAGGAGAUCUCAGAGCCCACUCCUGACCCAGACUUCUUGACUGGGAUGGUGAACUUCAGUGAGGUAUCGGGAUACCCCGUUCUGCAGCACUGGAAGGUCCGGUCUGUGAUGUACCAUAUCAAACUCAACCAAGCGACUGUUUCUCAAGCCCUCAGCAAUGCUCUCCACUCCCUGGAUGGGGCUACUUCUCGUGGGGAUUUUGUGGCCUUGUUGGACCACUUUGGAAACCAUUACAUCCAGGAAGCUAUCUACGGCUUUGAAGAGUCCUGCUCUAUCUGGUACCCAAACAAGCAAGUCCAGCGGCGGCUCUGGCUGGAAUAUGAAGACAUCAGCAAAGGGAACUCCCCAUCUGAUGAGUCGGAGGAACGAGAAAGAGAUCCCAAGGUGCUCACAUUCCCAGAAUAUAUCACCAGCUUGUCAGAGUCUGGCACCAAGCGCAUGGCAGCCGGAGUCCGCAUGGAGUGCCAAAGCAAGGGACGGUGCCCCUCUUCCUGCCCCCUGUGUCAUGUGACAUCUGGUCCCGAAACCCCUGCUGAGCUGGUUCUGCUGGAGGUGACCAAAGCAGCCCCCAUCUAUGAACUGGUGACCAACAACCAGACCCAGAGGCUCUUGCAGGAGGCCACCAUGAGCUCUCUCUGGUGCUCAGGGACUGGGGAUGUCAUCGAGGACUGGUGUCGGUGUGACUCCACUGCUUUUGGAGCUGAUGGACUUCCCACCUGUGCACCUCUCCCACAGCCCGUGCUGAGACUCUCCACGGCCCACGAGCCCAGCAGUACUUUGGUGGUCCUGGAGUGGGAGCACUCAGAGCCGCCCAUCGGGGUGCAGAUUGUAGAUUACCUCAUCCGUCAAGAGAAGGUCACAGACAGGAUGGACCACUCCAAAGUGGAGACAGAAACGGUGCUGAGCUUUGUGGACGACAUCAUCUCUGGAGCCAAGUCUCCCUGUGCGAUGCCGUCUCAGGUGCCAGACAAGCAGCUCACCACCAUCUCGCUGAUCAUCCGAUGCCUGGAACCCGACACCAUUCACAUGUUCACCCUGUGGGGAGUGGACAACACGGGACGGCGCUCCAAGCCCAGCGAUGUGAUUGUGAAGACUCCUUGCCCAGUCGUGGAUGAUGUCAAAGCCCAAGAAAUAGCAGACAAGAUCUACAAUCUCUUCAAUGGCUAUACCAGUGGGAAGGAGCAACAGACUGCCUACAACACCCUCCUGGAUCUGGGUUCUCCCACCUUACAUCGAGUCCUCUACCACUAUAACCAGCAUUAUGAGAGUUUUGGAGAAUUCACCUGGCGGUGUGAGGAUGAAUUAGGCCCCAGGAAAGCAGGCCUCAUCCUUUCCCAGCUUGGGGAUCUCAGCAGUUGGUGUAAUGGACUCCUCCAGGAACCCAAGAUAAGCUUGCGACGCAGCUCACUGAAGUACCUGGGCUGCCGCUACAGCGAGAUCAAGCCCUACGGACUAGACUGGCCGGAGCUCAGCCGGGACCUCAGGAAGACAUGUGAGGAGCAGACCCUGAGCAUCCCCUACAAUGACUAUGGGGACAGCAAAGACAUCUAACACCGUGAUGCCAAGGAGUGGCUGCCGAAAUGAAGGAGAGAGAGGAGAGCAUCUGGGUUGGUUUGUGGCUUUUUAAUAUUUUUUAAUGGGACAUUAAAACCUCCAAAGGCAACAUCUAAACCAGGGAGAAUGUGAUCUCUGCUCCCUGCAGAACUUCUUCAGUAUGAUGUUCUCCAUCUGCAUGAUUAGUAAACUUCCCGGCCAGUGGCUUCUUACAGCAUCAUUUUUCUUUGGAGAUUACUUUGGGUCUUGUUUUACAGUUGAUUUGUUUAAUUCAUUUAUUUUUGUUUGUUUGUUUCCCAAGAGGUUCAUCAAAACACUCAAGGCACCCUUUACUCACUGAGUUCCUGAGUCUUUUGCAACUGGGGGCUGAGAUGAGGCCAGAAAGUUAUUAGACCUGCCCCAGGCCCUGACCUCAGGCAUUCCUUAGGAAGCAUCUCACCCUGGAAGCCUCAGAUCUGCAAACAAACAAAGACAAUAAGAAACUUGCAGAGAGUGGCCUGUGGCUAGGGCUGUCACUCCCACUUCCUCAAAAGUGAACCCAGCCUCUGUUAAGGCCCCAGUGGGCCUCCCUGGUGUGUAGGUAUAUCAAGACAGAAACAGAAUUAAAUCUCCCUCUGGCAUAUCUCAGCCCUCUUCUUAGAGCAACAUGAUCUUUGAGAGGUGACAAAUUGCCACCCUUCAAAUCUCCUGGAACAAGAUGUUUCUGAGAGGCAGCAAAAUGCCACCUGUCAAAUGCACUUUCAGAACAAUCUACCUGGGAGAUUAGUUAUGAGUCCACGUUCUAGAACAGAAGUGGAGUUUAUUGUUUUAAAAAACUCCUGUGCCUCCUUUGGAUGAACUUCACCAGAUGACCAGUAUCCGUCGAAGCACUUGGAUUCUCUGUAGUCUCUGUGCCUCUUGCCCUGGGCAGAUAAUUCUUGGAUGAUAUCUGAUCUGGCCUAGGAUGGGUUGAUCCCUCUGAAUCAGUGUUUUAUUGAAUUAAAACUAUUACUGAUCACAAUCAACUUCUGCCCUUUUCCUCCCUUGCUGAAUUUGCUUAAUUAUGUUGCUAUUUUUGUAAAUCAUUUAUCUUGAUGACCAUUGGCAGGAGGGUUCCACCACAUUCGGCCCCCAUCAAGUUCCUGAGAAUAGGUCGGAGAUUCUGGGCAGGCAAGCAUCACUGACCACAGUUACGGGCUGGGCAUUGCUUCUGCCCCACUGUCUGGAGUGUUGGCAUGGAUAUGAGGGGAGGUUCAGCUAGCAGGAAUCCUACUUUCAAAAAGUGAUGGCCUCAGUUGUCCCCAGACACCUCAGAGGGCUGAACAUACACUUUCAGCCACCCUGCCUUUGACCAGUGCUCCUCACUUGGAAACACAUAAGAAAGAUCAGGAAGCAGGUGCAGGAUCCAUAAGGCCAGUCAUUGAGCUACACUGGUUUUUAAAAAUAAUAAUAAUGGUAGAUCACAUUUAUUGAGUCCUUAUUGUGCACCAGACACUGCUCUAAGCACUUUACAUAUCAUUAACUUCUCAUGGCAAACCUCUGUGGGAAGUGCUGUUCUCAUUUCCAUCUCAAAGACAGGGAAACUGAGGCAAAGAGAAGUUACGCAACUUGCCCCAAGUCCCUCCUGUACUCCAUGCCAGAGCUUCGAUGUGAAUUCAGGAUUUGAACCACUCUUCAAUCCUCAGGACAGUUUUCAGUGUAGCCUGUUACGUGCAGCUAUGCAGGCUCUAGGCAACACGGGGAGCCUGCCUAGAGAGCAUUCCCUUCUCCCUAAGCAUCCAUGGCACAGAUGUGUCCACUGUGUGGUAGAAGACAAAGGAUCUAAAGUGCACCCUUACACCUCUGGAGCUAGAGCACCUUUUGGGACCACCAGCUUUGCGGAAUACAGACUUCCCCUGGUGAUUGGGAAUGAAGUCUGUGAUAAGCCUGGAAUAGGUUUCAGCCCUAAGGUGAAUUUCAGCACAGGUUGGUCUCACGUCCCUUUCUGCCUCUUUCCAUAGAAAGAUUGAAAGAUGUAUUUCAUACCAUCUAAUGCACCUGCCCCUGAGAUUCCCCUAUUUCAAGAGCCCAGGAUAGCAGAAAACUUGGCUGUUUAAACUUGGGCCAACAGUGGCAGGGGCCACAGUUAAAAUGCCUUAAGGGACAUAUUUUUGAUGUUGACUUCUCCAUUGAUGGAGAUGAAGGUGCUACAGACAACCACAUACCAACUGGAUGGGGCCGAGGACAGAGCUAUCUGCUGCUGUUAUUGUUUUGCCAUCCUUUUAUUCGAGUCUUGGCAGAAAAGCCUAGUGUCCUGGCUUUGAGUGGAAGGAUGGUGGGGCUGCCAAGACCUUCUCAUCCCAGUCACAGAUGAGAUGCAAGCUGAUGGGACAGGAAAGGAGGACAAGGAAUAGUCUUAGGGUCACCCCUCUGUUUUCUCUCCUUCCAUUUUAAUUUUGGACACACCAUCUCCCUCUCUCCUGUCUUCUUUCCUUCUGACCCAAGUCCUUCCGUCUCCUUUUUGUUCCCUUGAUCUUCGUCUCUUUCUUUUCCUUUCCAUGAGUCUUCCUCUUUCAUCCCCAUCCUUCCUCAUGAUUCCCUUCCUCCCUCAGUUUCCCCUUGUGCUCUCUUCACUGUGCAUGUGCACACACACACACACACACAACUCCUAUGACUUAGUCCCAUUUACUUUUAGGUUAAAAAGAGAAUCCAAGUGAACGGAGCAAGGGAUAGUCUCACUGUUCACUGGAGAAUUUUCUGCCCUAGGAUGACACUCUCCACCACACUCUGAUGACCUUUCCCAGAGCUUGCCUGGAGGAACCCAUCCCGACUAGAAAGGAUAAUGAUCCUGCACCAGUAUUAGACCUCAAGUUUCCAAGCUGCCAAACAGAUCUUAAGGGAAUCAACCCUCUCCCAGCUCCUGGUCUCACGGUGAGACCUCUGAUGUUUCCUCUUGAAUGUACAUGGAUGUACACGUACUGUAAUAGCAUUAGACCUUUAACUGUGUGUACAAUGGUUUUCCAUGGAGUUUGGUCUGUUUGUUAUCUUUAGUUAACCACACUUCUUGAUAUUCAAAUGGUCUAUUAAAAAAUUGAUUGUGACAAAAAAUAAAAAAUAAAAAACACUUUACUACUGUAGAAGGAAGAAAGAAUAUCAUGUGACCAAUUUCAGGUAUAACAGUAUUGCUUAAGAGAGAAUUAUUGUAUGAUUAUAAUGAAAAAGAAGAAAUAAUCAACUAAAUAAUAAACAAAGUUGUUAGUAA